AUGGCUCCCACCGAUGCUCCUCUGGCUCUGGUGGAUGGUCUGGUCCCCAAGUUUCAAGCCGAUGGAAGCAUGCAAUCCGGUGAUUCGGCCAUGCAGACUGCAAACGAAGGCAAGUCAAGCAAUGCCGAGGCAGCUCAACGCGCAUCGGAGCCCAAGGAUCCCUGGGCCCUAGGUAUAACUAAACUCAAGCUUACUGCUCAGGCUAAGCCCAUUUCAGCUGCAACAUGGAACCUCGAUCCACCACACAAAGGCUAUGCAAGCUUUUCAAUCACAAAGGCCUUCGGGUUGUCCUGA